GCUGCUUCUGUCGCGAUGCCCAUCAACCGGCGCAGCUUCAGCUCCAUCUCCAUGUCCCGCAGCAGCAGUGGAGGCAUGGGACGGGUCAGCGGGGGCUUUGGCAGCAGAAGCCUCCACAAUCUAGGGGCAAGCAAGAGGAUUUCCAUGAGCGGAGGGUAUUGUUCUGCCAGACCAGGAUACAGUUACGGGCCAGGUCAUGGCGCGUUUGCGUAUCGGGUUGGCGGAUCUGGGUUUGGGUUUGGAGGAGGAGGUAGCUCUGGAGGUAUUCAAGAGGUCACGGUCAACCACCACCUCUUGGUACCUCUUAACUUGGAGAUUGACCCCAACAUGCAGAGAGUGCGGCUGGAGGAGAAGGACCAGAUCAAAUCCCUCAACAACAAAUUUGCCUCCUUCAUCGACAAGGUGCGGUUCCUGGAGCAACAAAAUAAAGUACUGGAGACCAAAUGGAGCCUCUUGAAAGACCAAAAAAUUGCGAAAAAUAACCUGGAACCUAUGUUUGAGGCGUACAUCAACAACAUGAGGAGGCAGCUGGAGACUCUGGGAGGGGACAGAAUGCGGCUCAGCUCUGAGCUGAAGGGCAUGCAGGACGUGGUGGAAGACUUCAAGAUGAGGUAUGAAGAGGAGAUCAACAAGCGCACGACUGCCGAGAAUGACUUCGUGAUGCUGAAGAAGGAUGCAGAUGUUGCCUACAUAACCAAGGUGGACCUGGGGGCCAAGGUGGAAGCACUGACAGAUGAGAUUAACUUCCUGCGAGCCCUCUACGAAGCAGAGCUGUCCCAGAUGCAGUCCCAGAUCUCCGACACCUCCGUGGUCCUCUCCAUGGACAACAACCGAAACCUGGACAUGCGCAGCAUCAUCGCCGAGGUCAAAGCACAGUACGAGGACAUCGCCAACCGGAGCCGGGCAGAGGCUGAGUCCUGGUACCAGAGCAAGUACGAGGAGCUGCAGCUCACAGCUGGCCGGCAUGGGCACGACCUCCAGAACACCAAGAUGGAGAUCUCGGAGAUGAAUCGCAUGGUCCAGCGGCUCCACUCAGAAAUUGAUAACGUAAAGAAACAGUGCGGAACUUUGCAGACGGCCAUCGCCAAUGCUGAGCAGCGCGGGGAGAUGGCCAUCAAGGACGCCAAGGCCAAACUGUCCGAGCUGGAGGAUGCUCUGCAGAAGGCCAAGGCUGACCUGGCCCGUCAGCUCCGCGAGUACCAGGAGCUGAUGAACGUCAAGCUGGCCCUGGACAUCGAGAUCGCGACCUACAGGAAGCUGCUGGAGGGAGAGGAGUGCAGGAUGGCUGGAGAAGGCGUUGGUGCAGUGAAUAUUUCCGUGGUCUCAGCCGGGAGCAGCUUCGGAGCCGGGAACGCACUGGGGCCGGGCUUCGGGAGCAGGCUCAGCGCCGGGGGAGGCGGCAGCGGGGGCUUCUCCUCCAGCGGGGGCUUCUCCUCCAGCGGCGGCUUCUCCUCCAGCGCGGGAAGCAGCUCCAGCGUGAGGUUCAUAUCGAAAAGCAGCAGCAAGAAGAGCUACCGGAGCUAA